CGCGUGAGGGGACUAUUUGAAAAUGGUGCGAAUAUGGGCCGUGGCCGCAUCCAGCGUCGCCCCGCGAUUCGACGGACCUGCUUCAUAUUCGUAGCCGUCGGCGGAAUUGAAACGAGAGUUGUUUAUGUGCUUACAGUAGGAAGUACUCUGUUACUGGAGCGAGAGAAAAAGACAAUUGGUGUUUCGACCCUGUGUGUUGUUUUUCGUCGUACCUUUUAUUCGCGAUAUUCGCGUCGUGGUGCGUUAUUCGAGAAAAGAUCGCGUCCACAUCCUAUAGCAUUUUUCUUGCAACUCGAGACCCCGUCGAGUGCCCUUCGUGCUACGCUGACUGAAGUUCGCCGGCUGAAUUAUUUAACGGAAGAAAAGUUCGAAAACUAAGAUUAAAUAACGUUUUGUGACGUGCGUAAGCCGAUUCGAUCGAGCACAGGGUUGAAGUAUGCCGGAAGAACAGAAGUCCGCUGGUGGUCCGCCGGAAGUAACAGCAGAAAAUGGGACCGGAACGAACUCCCCUACGAAAAGUCCAGUUAGCAAAGGGAAGACGGCUGUUGCGAAGAUCACCCUGCUCGAUGGGACCGUAAAAGACUUCCACAUCGACAGGAAGGCGAAAGGCCAAGACCUGCUCGACAUGAUUUGUCAGAGCAUGAAUCUGCUGGAGAAAGAUUACUUCGGCCUUAUUUACGAAGACAGACACGACCCACGGAACUGGUUGGACCUUGAUAAAAGGAUCACGAAAUUUGUGAAAAACGAACCGUGGAAAUUUAAUUUCGAGGUGAAGUUUUACCCUCCAGACCCGGCUCAGUUACAAGAAGACAUAACACGAUAUCAAUUGUGCCUUCAGAUAAGAAACGACAUUAUCACAGGACGAUUGCCGUGUUCGUUUGUUACUCAUGCUCUUCUAGGUUCGUACUUGGUACAGUCAGAAGUCGGGGAUUACGAUCCGGACGAGCAUGGACGUACAUACUUGAAAGAUUUCAAGUUUGCCCCGAAUCAGACACCAGAGCUCGUAGAGAAAGUAAUGGACCUGCAUAAAACGCAUAAGGGCCAAACACCUGCUGAAGCUGAGCUCCAUUAUCUCGAGAACGCGAAGAAGUUAGCGAUGUACGGAGUUGAUCUCCACCCCGCUAAAGAUUCCGAAGGCGUUGAUCUGAUGUUAGGUGUAUGUUCGUCGGGCCUUCUUGUCUACAGGGACCGAUUACGAAUUAAUAGGUUCGCCUGGCCAAAGAUUUUAAAGAUCUCUUACAAGAGGCACAAUUUUUAUAUAAAAAUCAGGCCCGGCGAAUUCGAGCAAUUUGAAUCCACGAUUGGUUUCAAAUUGGCAAAUCACAGGGCGGCAAAAAAAUUAUGGAAGGUUUGCGUAGAACACCAUACUUUCUUCAGGCUCAUGAGUCCAGAGCCUGUGAAGAAAGUAGGUUUGAUACCACAUUUGGGUUCUCGCUUCCGAUACUCGGGAAGAACUCAUUACGAGACGAAAAAGACUCCUAUCGACAGACAGCCUCCGCAGUUUGAAAGAUCUUUGAGCGGACGUCGCCCUACAUCUCGCAGCAUGGAUGCAUUAGGUGGGCCUAAACAGGUUGAAAGUUAUGGUUCAGAACCAAGCAAGAGACAUACAAUGAGUUAUGAACCUGAAAUGAUCCCCGAUAUGGAGCAUAUAGAUCAACGACCUAGUCCGAUUAAAAAACAAAAGGAAAAGCUCACACGCAAAACAAGUGCUGGAACAACAUCAGCUAGCAGUACCAGUAGCCUGGAAGGAGAAUAUGACGCAGAUCGUGGCAAAAAGAAACCGGUCGGAGGAAUCGCUGUCCUACCGCCCGGUGGUCUAUCUAAGAAGAAAAAGGAUAAGCAAAAUGAAAAUGAAAAGGAAAAUCAUAAUGAUCUCAACAAUUCUGAUUUGAUUAAUGAAAGUGCUAUCCUUGACAACAACGACAUAAAGUCGCCCAGUAAAAAAGAAUUGAAAAAGAAAGAUAAGGAAACGCCAGAGAAACGUGAUAAAGAUAAGAAAGAGAAACUAAAGAGUCCUGUCGGUGGCUUCCUAUUUGGCAAAAAGGAAAAGGAUGCAAAGCAAAAGAAGCAGAAAAAGAACAAAGAACUGGAAGAAUCGUUGGAGAAAAGCGAUACAGAAUCGAAUCUGUCUACGUUAGAGAAACAAGUGAAACCUUUGACCGAAACAUCGAAUAUCGAGAAAACGAGAACCACUCCGGAAUCCCCACAGCUCCCCAGCUACACAAAACCUUACGAUUACGAGGAAACGGAAACGUCCCCAACAAAGAAACCAUUUACGCCGCACGGAUUUUCCUACGAAGACAGGCCAGCAUCACCCGGAGUUCAAAAUCAACAAUCGCCAACUGCUGCGAGUCGUAAAGCUACAGGCUUAGCUUUUAAUUACGCCCCGGGCGAGGAAAAAAAAGUAGCGGAAUCAGCAGAAAAAAGGAAAACCAAAGAAACGGAUACUAAUAAGCCCUUACCGGGAUUAAAGACCCCGGGCCUUAAUUACGUGGAAUCCGCGGGAUUAAAAGAGCAGCAAAAAGCCACAUGUCCACCAGAAACUGAUAAAACUGCAUCAGCAGCUUUUAUUGCCGUUGAGCAACAACAAGAGGGUGCUGAUCAACUACCAGUUACAGAGUCCAUCCCGGAAUACCAUAUUUUGCCACUUCCAGACGGUACUAAAGUUAUUGCAGGUGUUAUUUAUAACAAGGAUGGAAAACCUUUGGAUCAACAUAAUCUUGGCCCGGAAGGUAGUAAAAUAAUAAAUGGGAAAAUUUGUACGAAGGAUGAAAAUCCAAUAAAAAAAGCUGACUUCGGACCCCAUGGAAUUUAUAUCAACAAUGGUCUAAUUACGACUAAAGAUGGCAAACCCGUGAACCAAAAGUCUUUGGGCGUUGAAAGAAACUUUGUUAAGGAUGGUAUUAUACGCGAUUAUAAUGGGCAAAUAAUUGACCAGCAUUUAUUAGGACCGGAACACACGCUGGUGAAGGAAGGUAAAGUUGUGAUGAAAAAUGGAAAGCCAGUACAAUACAGUCAGUUGGGCAUAGAUGGGACAUACAUAAAAGAUGGUCUUAUAUUCACCCCGAAUUCUAAACCACUUACUCAAGGUUCAUACGGUGUAAAUGAAAAUUAUAUCGUCACAGGAAUAGUACUUGAUAAAAAUGGAAAACCUCUAAAUCAGAUUGCAGUUGUACCCAAUGAAACUUACAUUUACGAUGGUUUAAUUUAUGGGGAAUCGGGAAAUGCCCUUGAUAAUGGUAUUUUGGGUCACGAAGGUCACUAUAUAACGGAUGGAAAAGUUUAUUCGAAAGAUGGUAAACCUGUAAAACAUGAAUCCUUUAGUUCAGACGGAUCUGUCAUAAAAGAUGGUAUAAUUUAUUCAAAGGAUGGAAAGUUUUUGAGUCAAGGAUCUUUGCUUCCUUGUGGUGCUCAUUUGAAAGACGGGAAAAUUGUUGGUAAAGAUGGAAAAGCGAUUAAGCAUGCAUUUUAUAAACCUGAUGGCAGUUUUAUAAAAGAUGGUAUUUUAUAUGGCAAAGAUGGUAGACCUUUAAGUCAGAUUCCUCUAAUAGCUAGUGGAAGCUUUAUCAAAGAGGGCAUUGUACAUGGUAAUGAUGGCAAGCCAUUAUCACAGAAUCUUUUCAAACCUGAUGAAAUCAUAAUUAAAGAUGGUGUAAUUUAUGAUGUGAACGGCGUAACGCUAUCAGAUGCUUAUCUUGGGCCGGAUGGCCUUUUGAUAAAAAAUGGAAUUGUAAUGGGGAAAGAUGGUAAACCGGUUAAACAAGAGUCUUUUGCCUCGAAUGGAAGUUAUAUAAAAAAAGGUGUUAUUUACUCAAAAAGCGGUAAACCCCUUAAUCAAGAUUCAUUGAUACCUGAAGGUGCAUCUAUCAAAGAUGGUAAAUUGUACACUAAAGAUGGAAAGAUUAUGAAGUUUUCAUUCUUCAAACCAGAUGGAAGUUACAUCAAGGAUGGUCUCGUAUACGGUAUGGAUCGUAAACCUUUAAAUCUGUGUUCGGCCCUUUCGGAAGAUAGUCUCAUUGCAAAUGGAGUAAUCUUUGAUUGCAAUGGUACGCCUUUGACUAAAGAUGUCUUUGGAUCUGAUGGUUCAUACGUUGCUGGUGGCAUAAUUUAUGGAAAAGAUGGCAGAAUAAUUUCAGACGGUGUUUUUGGACCAGAUGGUAAUAUUAUUAAGAAUGGAUUGAUCAUUGGCAGAGAUGGAAAACCAUUGACUCAAGAUGACAAGGGACCAGACAGUUUAGCAGUAAAGGAUGGAAAGGUUGUUGAUAGCCAAGGAAAGCCUAAGAAUUUAGCAUCCCUUGUCCCAGAGGGAUGUUAUAUUCGUGAUGGUGUAGUUUAUGACAAAAAUCAGUGCCCUCUGAAGCAAGGAGCUUUUAAACCUGAUGGUAGUUACAUCAGAGAUGGUCUCAUAUAUGGAUGGGGUGGACAGUUGUUGAAUGCUGGUACUGCACUACCUGGUGGUAGCUAUAUCGACGAAGGUAGAAUUUAUGGAAAAGACAGGCAACCUUUGAAUCACAGUUCAUUUGGCACCGACGGAGGAUACAUUCUUAAUGGUUACAUUUACGGCAAAGAUAAAAAGCCACUUAGACGUGGAAUGUUUGGUAACGACGGAAGUUACGUAAAGAAUGGUUUGAUACACGAACCAAACGGGAAACCACUGAAUCGAAAACAAACAGUGAUUACUGUUACGCUUGUUCGUUACGGUUUAGUAUGUGGCAGUGAUGGUAAACCAUUGAAAUCUGGCGAUUUUGAUACAAACGGCAGUAUUAUUAAAGACGGAAGAAUUUAUGAUCAUACUGGUCAGCCUUUGAAUUAUGAUUCUUAUAAAAAUGACGGAAGCUUUAUUAAAGAUGGUCUCAUUUGCGGAAGCAAUGGAAAACCAAUGUCUCAAGGUAAUCUACCACCAGAAACUAGUUACAUCAGAAACGGAAAGAUUUAUGAUACGAAUGGACAACUGCUUACACAGGAAGCAUUUGGUCCUGAGGGUUUGAAAGUGGUACAGGGGGUUGUUGUGGAUAAAGCUGGUAACAUUUUGAAACAAGGAAGUUUUGAUGGAGAAGGCAAUGUUGUUAAAGAAGGCAUUAUUUGUGCACCCACAGGCAAACCUCUUGACAAAUAUUUCACUGUAAUUACUAUUAGUUUAGUUCGUAAGGGUCUGCUGUGUGACAAAGAUGGGAAACCAGUCAGGCAAGCACCAUUUGCAAAUGAUGGAAGUUACGUUAAAGAUGGCAAGAUUCACGACAAAUUUGGUAAACUAAUGAAUCAAGAGAUCUUUGGAGAGGAUGGAGCAUUUGUAAAAGAUGGUAUGAUCUUUGCUAACACUGGACAGCCUCUAGACAGUGAUACUAUUUUGAAGGAAAUAGAAGACACAACGAAGCCUGUCUCUUUAAAAGCGAAAAAGUCUGCGGCUCCGAGCACUGCUCCAACAAUAGUGAAAACGACAACUAAGCAAUCGGUGGUAAAAGAUCAGGAAGGCGUGACGCAAAAUAUUGAAGAAAAGAUUGAGGAUCUUACACCUGGAGGCACAGGCCAAGUAACGGUUUCCACGCAAAUUAACAAGGCAGAGGCACCGGAUGAUGGUAGAGCCCCAUACAUGACAGCAACUGCUGUUACUACACGCACUGCUACAAUGCUUGAGGACCUUGAAAAGAAUCAAAAAACCAGUCAGGUAGAGGAAAAGACUGUAGCGCAUACAACUGCAACCAGUGCAACAAGGCAGGAGCAGAGAGUAGUAACUCAGGAAGUUCGAACAACGAGUCAUGUACUUUCCGGUGAACAGCUGUUCUCUCGAAGGCUCAGUACAUCCAGUUCAAGCAGUGAUGAUUCAGGUACUCCAAUUGACCUUGAAGAUGAUCAACCAGCUUUCUACAAUCAAUAUUAUCAGGGUGAUCCAGCUGGUGUUAUGGCAACUGAAACACUUGUUUACAAAGGAGAACCUGAGAAUAAUGUAACAACUACGACAGUUCCAUUAGUUGCGUCCGAAACUAGGAAAGUAGCUGUCGAGAGUGAAGAUGGUUUGUACAGUGCAACUGGAGAAAUAGUUAGUUCUCAGACAAUAUCCAGUAAAACUCGUACUGUUGAAACAAUAACGUACAAAACUGAGCGAGAUGGAGUAGUAGAAACUCGCGUAGAACAAAAAAUAACGAUACAAUCAGACGGUGAUCCAAUCGAUCACGAUCGAGCUUUGGCGGAGGCGAUUCAAGAAGCCACUGCAAUGAAUCCCGAUAUGACUGUAGAAAAAAUUGAAAUCCAACAGCAAACGGCGCAGUAACCGAUUUAAAAAAAACAUUUUUGUAAGAAAUAAAGGGCACUCUUUAUCCAAAAGGUAUAAUGCUGAUAGUUCUAAAGAAUAAAAAAUUUAAAUGGUAUUCACAGUAUCAUGCGUUGACAUGUAUUUUAACGAUGCAUGAGAAACGAUCGAAUCGGAUGAUGUCAUUAACUGCGUAAGUAUUAUAUUGUCAAAAUUAAUAUUUUUCGUCUAAGAAUUAGAAAAUUCUUAUAGCGAAUGUUACCUAAUAACAUGAGCUUGAACUUGAUUAAAAAUCAAGAUUUUUACGGAAAGAAACAUCGAUGAUGUUGCUUUUUGAA